GAUUCUUGUGGGAUCCACUAAACCUCCAUCUGACCUCAGUUAGCUCCUUCCUACCCUCACAACCAUCAUUACAAGAUUUUAACUAAAGUUAGAGUUAACAAUCUAAUAUGGUAACACAGACUAGGUGGUUGUCAGUUGAUUCUGGGGUUUGUGGGUUAUUCUAAGUUGUUAAGGAUCUCUUCGAAUUCGCGCUUAACCUACUCCCGAGCUUCUUCAUCUACCUAACUUCCUAUGUGCUUGCCAUUAACCGUGUCUCAUCCCGACCAACCAAGCCGACAAUGCACAUCGCCCGCUGCCUCCUUCGCGCUCAUGAUGCCUAAGACGAGUCCACCCCUAUCUCCUACCCCACGCUCUUCGAUUUGAACAGUUCCGAAGUCGCUCUCGACUAUCCGCAAUGGCCAAUACGCCUUCGCACGACGACCCGACCCUAUCGGUUCCCGUCUCUCCUACAUAUUCACGCCACCAUGCAAGAAGAAGUAGACGGCACUCAUUAUCUGAAACCCCCGACGAGAAUACCUCUCUUCUACGCCCUUCGCACUCCCACGUCCGUAUCCAAAGUCCCGUAGGUAGCCCGAGAACAUAUCUAUCGAGAAAUCAUAGCUACGCCGGGACGCCCCACGGUUCACGAUAUCAUUCCCGCCAUGAAUCAUGGGGGCAGCGCUUAGUGCAGGCACUUUCUGAUCGCCAGGACCCUAUGACCGAGUCGAAAAGCUCUCUUAUCGCGGACGACCGGAUAUGGUAUGAUCAGUUUACCUCGACCGACUGGGUACACGACAGCAUAGCCGACGCCUAUCGGGUAAAACAACUACGUAGUCGGAAGGACUUUGUGGGGAGGCUCAUCGUCUUGUUUGACGGUGCUCAGGGCUGGAUAUUAAGCGCCUUAGUCGGCGUUCUGGUAGCUCUGCUCGCAUAUUGUGUGAAUGUAGCUGAGACUACCAUCUUCGAUUUCAAGGAUGGGUACUGUACGCGAGGGUGGUACCUAAGAGAAAAGAGAUGUUGUCCCCAUGGACCGUGUACUGAUUGGCGAUCUUGGUCAGAGGUUCUCGGUGGUCAUCCGUUUGGAAACAAAUGGACAGACUUUGGAAUCUAUGUCCUCGCCGUUCUUAUCCUCUCGGUUUCGUCUUGUCUGCUUACUUUAUCAACUAAAACCGUGGUUCCUUCGGCGUACCGAAUGUCGACAUUGGAUGAGAACCUAGCUGCAGAUUAUUCCCGUCAACCAUCGGACGAUAACGAGGAUGAGGAUGAUGGGAAUAUUAGUCCAAGAGAGGUUCGCCCGGAGCCCGUUGAUUCUUCGAGUUCGAUGGUAUACUAUUCCGCAGCCGGCAGUGGUGUAGCUGAAGUUCGCGUUAUUCUCAGUGGAUUCGUUUUACACGGCUUUCUUGGCUUGAAAACUCUCAUCAUUAAAUCGGUAGGUUUAAUCUUGAGUGUAGCUUCAGGGUUGAGUCUUGGUAAGGAGGGUCCCUACGUUCAUAUCGCAACUUGUAUCGGCAACAUCUGCUGUCGAAUUUUCGCCAAAUACGACCGCAACGAUGGCAAAAGGCGCGAAGUACUAUCCGCUGCAGCCGCAGCAGGUGUUGUUGUUGCUUUUGGGGCCCCUCUCGGUGGUGUCCUAUUCGGUCUUGAGGAGGUUGCCUAUUAUUUCCCAGCAAAGACGCUUUUCCGCACCUUCUUUUGCUGUAUCGUCGCGGCUCUGUCCUUGAAAUUCCUUAACCCCUAUGGUACACAGAAGAUCGUUAUGUUCGAGGUCCGUUAUAAAAUCGACUGGGAAUGGUUCGAAUUGGCCGGCUUCAUCCUAGUAGGUGUAUUGGGUGGUGCUUUUGGGGCUUUGUUCAUCAAAGCAUCGCGCCGUUGGGCUCUAUCCUUCCGCAAGAUCCCAGCCAUUAAGAAAUAUCCGCUUCUCGAGGUCGUCCUGGUAGCCCUGGUCACAGGACUUAUCGGUUAUUGGAAUACCUUGACCAAGCUUCCCGUCGCGAAGCUCUUACUGAAUCUUGCAGCGCCUUGCCAAGAUGAUAGCAGAGACGACGAAUUAGGCCUCUGCCCUUCAAACAUUGACGAGAUACCCGGUAUUAUUCGCAUGCUGCUUGCUGCGUUUAUCAUCAAGGGCUUCUUGACAACCAUCACGUUCGGCAUCAAAGUCCCUGCAGGCAUCUAUGUCCCUUCUAUGGUCGUCGGUGGUCUUAUGGGGAGAAUCGUCGGCCAUCUGAUGCAAUGGAUAGUACUUCGGUUUCCGCACUGGAGUAUAUGGGGAAGCUGUCCCCUUCUCCAAGAAUCGACAUGCGUACAACCAGGUGUAUAUGGGCUCAUUGCUGCAGGUUCGACAAUGUGUGGCGUAACAAGAUUAUCCGUUACCCUAGCCGUCAUCCUCUUCGAGCUUACCGGAAGUUUGGAUUAUGUCUUGCCUUUUUCUUUGGCUAUUCUCGUUGCUAAGUGGACAGCGGACGCCUUGGAACCGCUUAGUAUCUACGACCUGCUCACGAACAUGAAUGCUUAUCCGUAUCUGGACAACAAACAUAAGCCCAUAUUCACUUCUGAUCUUGCGGAUAUUGUCCCGCGCUUUCGCCACGAGCGCGUCAUUGAUAUCAGUGCCUCACCUUUGGUCCCAGCCACAAAACUUCGUACUAAAUUGGACCUUCUUCACCGGGCUGGAGAGUUGGACGGCGGUCUUCCGAUACUCAGAGAUAACAUUCUCGUCGGUUUGAUUCCCGCUCCCGACUUAGAAUAUGCCUUGGAUAAUCUCAAUGAUGAGAGCAGUAGUCUUUGUCUCAUGGCGAGUAUACCGAACAUAGAUGAAGAAGAAUCCGAAGAGCGAGACCCUACAGACUUCACGCCUUAUAUAGAUCCUGCUCCCGUCGCUUUGGAUAUCAAAUCGCCGAUGGACCUAGUGUAUGAAUGCUUUGCUAAACUCGGUCUGCGAUAUAUAUGCGUCCUGAAAGAUGGGCGUUAUGCGGGGAUGACCCACAAGAAGAGAUUCGUGAAGUACAUGCGCGAACUCGAGGAGAAGGAACACGAGCUCUAAGCGACAUUUUUUAUCGGGGACCUCCAUUUCCUCCCCGGGGCUCGGUGGUACAUAUACAUUUUCGCGAAGCUGUCUCGAGGCUCUUCAGGUACAUAUAGGGCUGGGGCAUAGUACGCUGUUGGAUAGAUGUCGCAUUACUAUGGGAAUUUGGCGCCGUUGCAUAGCCUUGCUUUUAGAAUUGUCUUGUUUAGUUUAUUGUAACAUCAUUAGCCGUCCGACGAAUUCGAGGUUUAACUUUAGUUACAGAUAUGCCAUAUUACCACUAUCAGACACG